UAAUAUUUUCAUGUAUUUAUUAUUAUCAGAGCUGCCAAUUUAGUUGGUUUGAAUGUACUGCAGCUGAUGAAUGACAACACUGCAGUUGCUCUUAAUUUUGGUUUAUUCAGACAGAAGAGUUUCAAUGAAAGCUUAGAAAAACACAUCAUGUUUUAUGACAUGGGAGCAUCUAACACAGUGGCUACUAUUGUUGGAUACAGUAUGGUGAAGUCAAAGGAGAGAGGAAUCACUGAGAAGGUUCCCCAGCUCGUUGUUAAAGGUGUAGGGUUUGAUCGAGGUCUUGGAGGGCAUGCAAUUGACAUGAGGCUCAGAGACCAUUUAGUCAAGUUAUUCAAGAAAAACUAUAAGCCCAAAGGCGAGGUAACAGAGUCUCCUCGAGCUAUGGCGAAGUUCUACAAAGAAGCUUUAAGAGUCAAGCAAGUGUUGAGUGCCAACAGCGAUCACUUUGCACAGAUUGAAGGAGUUUUUGAAGAGAUUGACUUCCGUACCAAGGUAACAAGAGAAGAGCUUGAGGACAUGUGUAAAGACCUGUUUGAAAGAGUCGCUGAUCCUGUUUACAAGGCUCUAAAGUCUGCCUCCAUGACAAUGAAUGAUAUUGAAAGUGUAGUCCUUGCCGGAGGAGGAACGCGUGUACCAAAGGUGCAAGAAGCCCUGCUCAAGGCAGUUGAGAAACCUGAACUUGCCAAGAACAUCAAUGCGGACGAGGCAGCUGCGAUGGGUGCUGUGUACCAGGCUGCUAAUCUCGGGAAAGGCUUCAAGGUCAAACAGUUCCUGAUCCGUGACACCAACAUCUACCCCAUACAGGUAUCGUUUGACCGCCAUAUCAAAGCUGAUGAUGGUAGCGAGUCAGUCCGGCAUGUCAAGCGAGUUAUCUACCAUCAUGCAAACGUUGUCCCUCAGAAGAAAGUCAUGACGUUCAACAAACAUACUGAUGAUUUUGACUUCCAUGUGGCCUACACUGGGCUGGAAAAUAUCCUCUCUGAUAAAGAAAUACAGAUGUUCGGGUCUCUCAAUAUUUCCACCAUCGGUAUCAAGGGCGUGGCCGCUGCCCUCGACAAACACGCCAAAGGACAGUCCAAAGGAAUCAAGGCGCACUUCAAGCUCGACGAGAAUGGCCUUUUCAGCUUGGACAGGGUGGAAUCAGUCUUCGAAAAGACAGCAGAACAAGUAGAAAAAGAAGAAGAGUCUACAUUGUCUAAACUUGGAAGCAAGAUAUCCAGUUUUUUCGGUGCUGGUGGCGAUGAAGACAAGAAAGAAGCUAAAGUUGAGGAAUCUAAAGAAGCUGACAAAGAUGAAAAGGCAGAAGAGGAAAAAGAGGCUAAAAAGGAACAGAAAGACGAUAAAGAUAAAGAAGAAAGUAAAGAGGAGCUGAAGAAAGAAGAAGAAAGGAAGGACAAGGAAGACGAAAAGGAAAAAGAAAAAGAAAAAGAUAAAACCGAAGGUGAACCGAAAAGAGAAGAAAAGAAAGACGAUAAGAAAGAAGAAGAUUCCAAAGCUGAAAACAAGAAAACCUCCGAAAAGUCUGCUAAAGCCAAUGGGACGGAGGAAGCAGAGAAGAAGCCAGUCAAACCCGUGGUGAUACGUGAACCCCUGGAGACUGUGAUAGAGAUACAAGACUUGGUUGAUCCUUCAGAGAAAAGCCUGACUGAAUCCAAGGAAAAAUUAACCAAGCUACAAGAAAUCGAUGAUGCCAAGGCAGCCAAAGAGCGAAUGAAGAACACCCUGGAGAGUCACAUAUUUGAAACCCGUGACAAGCUGUAUAGCGAUGUUGGUGAGGAACUGUCUACUGAAGCAGAACGAGAUACUAUUAACCAGGCCCUUAGUCAGGCCUCGGAUUGGCUGGACGACGAGGGCUGGGACACAACUGCUGAUGUUUACGAAGAGAAACUCAAGGCUCUCAAGAAGAUUUCCAUUGACUUCCGACGUCGUCUGAAAGAACAUGAACUGCGCCCAAAAGCUGUCGCGGCGUUGUUACAAAGCCUCAAUCUUUCCAGCACAUUCUAUAAUCAAAUACAAAACAUGACUGACAAGAAUGAGAUCUUUACAGCUAAAGAUCUGGAGGAGCUGUCAAAGGUCAACAACGAGACGAUGGACUGGUUGACGUUAAUGAUAAAAAAACAGAACGAGACCAAACCGCACGAGAACCCAGUGAUUUUAGCUAAAGAUAUUGAAGCCAAACAAGCUAAAAUAGAUCGAGAACUAGUAUAUUUACUGAACAAGGCCAAGUACUUUGUACCUAAACCAAAAGUCAACGAAACUGCCGAUGCAGGAAAUAAAACAUCAAAUAAUACAACAAAAAGUUCAAAUGGAAAGAAUAAAACAGACAAGAGCGACUCCGGUUUCAAGGCUAAAAAAUCCUUCAAGAAACAAAAUAAAAAAGCGAAAAACGACCAAGAAAAGAAAGAAGCACCACCAAAACCUGACGAAAAGGCUGAACUGCCUGAUAAAGCGAAAAACGACCAAGAAAACAAAGAAUCGCCACCAAAACCCGACGAAAAGGCUGAACUACCUUCAGCAUCCGACAAGACAAUUGAAGAACCUUUACCAACACCGAAACAAGAAGAAAAACCCAAAGACGAAGAAGAUACGAACGAUAAACCCGUUACCGAUGAGUUAUAAUAUCAUAGUAUUACGAGUUAUUUCUUGUUGGUAAAUAUUUUUCAGCUUCGCAUCAAAUACCAGAAUAAUUUAUUAUAAAAUUAGGCAUCGCUUUAACGAGGAUUUUGCGAGUCCGUGUACGUGUUUUAUUUAGAGCGACUUCAUUGGCUGCUGUAUUUGACGUCAGCAGUGUGAUUUUGAAGUGCUCAGAACUGUACAGUGGCUUUUCUGUGAAUGGGAAGCGUGCGCAUAUAAUUUGUUCUAGCCAAUCAGAGUACGAAUUACGCCUCUGCCAAUCACGAUAAUGCUAGUAUUUCCCAUUCAAAAUUUCUUUUAUUUACUACUCAGUUUAUGUACAUUAUUUGUGCAUGUAUUUUCGUUCUAGUAACUCAACAAAAAUUGUCGUAUGAAAAUGAAAAUGUCUAGAAAAAAAGAGUAUAAAAUUGGAAAUGCUAAUAGAUACUAAAAAAAUUUUACUUUCAAUUCUUGAAACUUUGGAAUAACUGCAACCCUUUGUAUCGAUUCAUAAAAUAUUUAUCACAUUCGAAUUCAAUAAAUUCUUUUAGAUCUUUAACGUCUUUGAUUCGGUGUGGUUAAAUCCUUUGCACACCCACCCUACCCCCUUCUUUGGUAUUCAAUCCUACCUUGAUUUUAAUCCCUAUUUUCU